AUGGAGGCACCUAAAAGACCACACGUACACCUCUCCUCCGGACUCGAGAUAGAUAAUUCCGCGGUUGGUACUAGUAGGUGUGUUCCGAACAAUUUCCAACAUGACCGCAUCCCGGCAGUAGUCGAUACUCCCCCCUCAGACCCUGAGGUGGCGGACAGUUUCCCGGAUGGAGGGUAUCGCUCCUGGCUUGUAGUGCUAGGAUCAUUUCUGCUGCUCAUGUCGUCCUAUGGUCUCAUGAACUCGGUGGGUGUAUUGCAAUCCUACCUGGAGUCUCAUCAGCUAGCGAGCUAUUCGAGCCAGAAUGUGGGCUGGAUCUCUGGUCUCUUUGUCUUCGUCUCGCUCGGUCUGGGUGUUUUUGUGGGACCCCUGUUCGACACCUACGGGCCUCGCGAGCUGGUCUCGGCGGGAUCGGCCUUCUAUGUGGUGAGUAUAUUUCUCACAGCCGAGUGCAGCCAAUACUGGCACUUUAUUCUCUGUUUCGGGAUCAUGGCUGGUAUCGGAGGGGCGUUCACGAGUACUGUGGGAAUGUCAUGCGUCCCACACUGGUUCCAGGCGCGCGCAGGCAUGGCAUUGGGCACGGCCAUGGCUGGAGCGGGUCUGGGCGGAGUGGUAUUCCCGUUUAUCCUGAAGGGCGCCUUUGCUAACCUUGGCUUCAAAUGGGGAAUGCGUAUUGUGGCGUUGGUCAUCAUGGUGCUGUGUGGAUUAGGCUCGUUCCUGGUCAAGUCUCGUCUGCCGAAGGGACAGCUGAAGGCAGCGAUCGAUAUCCGGUGCUUCAAAGAUUCUCGGUUCACCUUGUUAAGCUUUGGGAUAUUUACACUGGAAUUGGAGGUUUUUGCCCUCAUUGGGCUAUACCCGACGUACGUAGCGAAGCUAGGUUACAGUUCCAGCGUGGGUGUAUAUACGCUGGUGGUGCUGAAUGUGUGCUCCUGCAUCGGCCGACUCAUCGCCGGCCGAGUGGCAGACCGGUACGGCCGACUGAACGUACUCAUCGUCCUGAUCUUAUCAGCAGUGCUGAGCAUUUUUGUAAUCCUUUUUCCGUUCAGCCAUCAUAUGCCGGCGCUGUAUAUCUUCAGCGCGCUUUACGGUCUGUGCUCCGGGUCCUUCAUCAGUCUCGCUCCAGUCUGUAUCCGUCAGGUGUCGAAUGCAAAGGAGAUUGGGAUGAGAUUCGGCACAUGUUACUGUCUGGUUAGCUUUGCGACUUUGAUUUGCAUUCCGGUGGGAGGCGAGAUGUUAGAGAAAGUUGGGUCUCGCAUUGUGGUCGUCUGGCUUGGAUGUGUCCUACUCUGCUCUACGUCUCUGUUCCUGAUCGCGAGGUGGGCUUGUCUCGAUUAUAAGUGGCAUUGGCGUAUCAAGAUUUGA